AUGUUUAAAGUAACUCGUGAAGAAUUAGGUGAAGAUAUUGAUCUUCUGGAGUAUUUGAGUGAUUCUACAUACGAUGGAGAAGAGACUGAAGAAUAUAUCUCUAAGAAAUGUAAUGCAAUAGAAGAGCCACUAACUUUAUCUGACUCGUUUUCAAAAAGCUUCGCUGUUUUUGGGUUGCCAUGUAUAGGCUCAGAUAAGUAUGAAAGAUUUCUUAAGGCUCUUAGGACAAUUAUUAAUCAAACCCUCAGGAUGAUGAGAGUAGAAUACGACGAAAACUUUUUACUUGAUAUACCACAGGAUGAAGAUGGUAAUACUAAAGGAGUUGCUAUAUUAACAUUUUCAAAUUCAUUCCAAGCAGAAACAGUCUGCCAAGCACUUUCAAAAGCACCGUUUGAUAAACAUACAAGAUUUAAUACUGUUAUGUUUGAUGAUAUUAAAAGAAUUAUUGAACAAGAUGAAUCUGCCCCAGGACAUUUUGAGACUCUAUACCCACCACCAACUCUUUUCAGUAGAAAUGAUUUAAGAAAUUGGUUAAUGGGGCCAAGAUGUAGAGAGCAAUUCGUUAUUAGAUAUCAAAGUGCAACCGAAAUUUAUUCAUUUGACUCUAUUCAAAGAAUUCCCGAAUUAAUUUAUGAUGGUGAAAGAGCAAAAGGAGGAAAAAGAGUUUGGACAGAUUUUUCUGUACAAUGGAGUCCUAUGGGUUCUUAUUUGGUUACAUUCCAUCGUCAAGGAGUUGCACUUUGGGGAGGUGAUAAUUGGGAUAAGAAGGUUAGAUUUGAACACAAAGAUGUUAAAUUCAUUGAUUUUAGCCCCAAUGAAGAGUACUUACUAACAUGGGAUGGUUCUUCACCAGAUUCUAGAUUUGAUAAGGCUGUGAAAGUAUGGCAUGUUCUUUCUGGAAGACUAUUGAGAUGCUUUUCCACACCAACAAUGGCACUUAAUAAUAAUGUAUCUGAUAAUGAUCUGCAUUUCCUCUGGAGUCCAACCGGAAAUUAUCUCGCUCAUUGCUCAGACAAGGGAGAACUUUUUGUCUAUGAAUCUUCUAAUAUGACCUUAGUAGAAGAUCCUUCUACUGGUAAUAAAAACCCAUUAAAGUACCCACUUCAGUUUUUUGAUUGGUCUCCUGAAGAAGACAACCUUUCAAUUUGGUGUCCAGAAAGAGGAGACACACCUGGUAGACUUACUUUACUUUCAAUUAAAAAUAGAAAAGAGUUGGCAAUAAAAAAUGUAUUCAAUGUUAGAGAGGCAUCUGUUCACUGGCAACCAAAAGGUCAGUAUAUGUGUCUUAAAGCUCUAGUUUCUAGAAAAGCUGGUAAAAAAGCAAAAAAAGAAUAUACUCAACUUGAGAUUUUUAGAGUCAAGGAGAAAAAUGUACCAGUUGAUACUGUUCACAUUGAAGGUGUUACUGUUAAGUGCCUAUCCUGGGAAUCAUCAAACAGAUUUGCUAUUGUAGUUGUGGAUGAUGUAACAAGAUCCCAAACACUGAGAUUUUACCAAGUAAAUGCCACACAAACUGACUUUGUAUGUUCUUAUUAUUUAACAUCACCCGUUGAUACAAUUAAAUGGAGCCCACUUGGUAGUUAUUUCGUUUUGGGAGGCUCUGGAGGAAACUUGACAUUCUGUCAACUCACAAAUGAAAACAAAUUUGAUAUCCUACAAAAAGAUGAGCACUUUAUGUGUAACUGGAUCCAAUGGGAUCCUACUGGUAGAUAUGUUACAACGGCUUUCCAAUCUAAGUUAGCCGAAGGUGCAUAUAAGUACAGCACAGAAACAGGUUUCAUCGUUUGGUCUUUUCAGGGUAGACAACUUUACAACUCUCCUUUAGAAACAUUCUACCAAUUUAUAUGGAGACCUCAUCCUCCUUCUCUACUUUCACAAAAGAAGUUUGAUGAAAUUCCGAAAAAACUUAAGGAUUACAGUAAAAAGUUUGAUGCUGAGGACGAAGCAGUUAGAUCUGAAAAGAGAAAUGUUUUCCUCCAAAAGAGAAAGGUAAAUGAGGAUGAAUUCAAUGCCAUUCUUCAGAAGAUUCAUGAUUGGAAGGUUCAGCAACCUCCCUACAAGGAAUGGCUUGCAGCGAAAGAAACUCUUCUUGAAUCUCUACAAUGGGAAGAACAAGAAGAAGUUAUCGAAAUUGAACUUGAAACUAUCCAGGAGGUUAUUUCUACUGAGGUAUAA